UAGCGGCUGGAUAACUACUGUGAACUGCUAUUGUUAUGUUUUUAUGCUGGAUUACAACAUGUCUCUGUGUCCCCUCUGUGUCUGUCCAGUUYGUGGAGAGUGUCCGUCUGACCAAGAGGCCCUUCCACCUAGUGGGCACAUCCAUGGGAGGAAACGUUGCCGGAGUAUACGCUGCCCGUUACCCCAACGAUCUUUGCAGUGUCACCCUCAUCUGUCCGGCAGGUCUUCCUAACGAGAGUCCGUUUGUGGAGCGUCUGAGGGAACUGGAGAAGGACCAGGAACUGAGUGGUAGCCUGGAUCCCCAGGGCAUUCCUCUGAUCCCCUCUACCCCAGAGGAGAUGGAGGAUAUGCUCAAACUCUGCUCUUUCGUACGCUUCAAGAUCCCUCAACAGAUUCUUCAGGGAUUGGUGGAUGUUCGAGUUCCCAACAACGACUUCUAUAGAGAGUUGUUCAUGGAGAUCGUAGGAGAGAAGUCCAGACACUCUUUACAUGAGAACAUGCAUCUGAUCACAGUCCCAACACAGGUCAUCUGGGGGAAGCAUGACCAGGUGGUGGAUGUGUCUGGAUCAUCUAUGCUGAAGGAAGCCGUCUCUGGCUGUCAGGUGGACCUGCUGGACAACUGUGGUCACUCUGUGGUGAUGGAGCGACCUCGCAAGACAGCUCAGCUCAUCAUGGACUUUAUCAAUAACCAACACGACACUGGCUCUGGCUCUAACAACAGCAAGAAACUCUCCUGAGACUGACUACCUGGAGCUCAGACUUUUAUAGUGCCCGUUUCCCGGACAAGGUUAAACCUAGUCCUAGACAAAGAAGCACUUUCAAUGGGGGUUUGAUCUCCAUUGAACAUGCGUUUCAGUCAGGGACGAGGUUUCAGUCAAGGACUAGGUUCCAGUCAGCGACUAGGGUUCAGGUUUCAGUCAGGGACUAGAUUUCAGUCAGGGUUUCAGUCAGGGUUUCAGGUUUCAGUCAGGGACUAGGUUUCAGUCAAGGACUAGGGUUCAGGUUUCAGUCAGGGACUAGAUUUCAGUCAGGGUUUCAGUCAGGGUUUCAGGUUUCAGUCAUGGACUAGGUUUCAGUCAGGGUCUAGGUUUCAGUCAGGGUCUAGGUUUCAGUCAGGGACUAGGUUUCAGAUUUCAGUCAGGGGGUUUCAGGUUUCAGUCAGGGGGUUUCAGGUUUCAGUCAGGGACUAGCUUUCAGUCAGGGACUAGGUUUCAGUCAGGGACUAGGUUUCAGUCAGGGUUUCAGGUUUCAGUCAGGGACUAGGUUUCAGUCAGGAGGUACUAGGUUUCAGUCAGGAGGUACUAGGUUUCAGUCAGGGUUUCAGUCAGGGUUUCAGUAAGGUACUAGGUUUUAGGUUUAAUCUGUGUCCAGGAAACCAGCCUACAGUGAGCGUUUAUCUGUAAAAAAUCUAAUCUGUAAAUUAUCUUGUAAUAUUUUUCUAAUCUAGUCCUCAGGGAAUGAGCCCAUCAACCAGCUGGCUGCUGUUUCAUGCUUGAAUUUGAUUAUAAGGCGAAGGAAGACUGUGUAAAAUACUGGGAUACAAUAUUGUGACAUUGCACUUAUUUAGUGAUUAUAAGGACCUUAAUUUAAAAUGUUAUAUUCUUUGUUUAAUUGCCAAUGUGUUACUAACUUACUUACAUGAUUUUGCCAAAACAUGAUUUUAUACUUAAUUUGAGUUUGUGUUACCUCUGAGUCAGCUGAAGGACUUUGGUUGGUAGUGUCUGAGACUGUUCCCGCCUGAAAACCCAGGAAGUAAAGGAAGACGCAAACUCAAACUACUACUAGUUGUUGUUGUUGUUAGUUUGAUUUGUCUUGUUGAAGGUUGGUACACGGUCUUAUUAUUAACCACAGACAACAUAUUACACCUUGUACAUUUGGAACAUAUUGAAGAAAACAUUUGUCAUUGUGUUUUACGAUCAAAUAAAUGUUAUUUAAAACAAUGGAGCUACAAUGACGUACGUUUUUGUAAUAUUAUUAUUAACUUAGUACUUUUUCUUCAAGCGCUGCUAUACCCUGUGAUAUAACCUGAUAGUAUCGAUGCAUGACGAUAGAGUAUCGAUGCAAUGAGACACAACAAGUUUGUUUUGUUUCGUUUUAGCUGAUGCCAUGUCAUUAAGUUACACUGAGACAAAAAAAUAAAUAGAUUUGUGACACUUUUGUUAUCCUUGUACAUGUUAAUGCAUUGUCCAUCUACUCAAUGUUUUUGCUUGUUCACGUAAAGCACAAAAUAAAACUCUUUUCUCAUGCUGACAUGAAAU